GAAUGUCGUUAUGAAGCCCAACAAGGCAAUCAGGAACACAGACACGCUCAUCGCACAUCUUACGAACAAUCUAAGAAUGGAUAGGCUCUGUCAAAACAACGUGAGGGAAAGAUUAAUCACACAGUGUAUUUUAUAAGUCCAGUAAGGGAAUGUGCCACCUGGUGGUCGGAAAGGUGACGCGCUAUUUUCAUUAAACUCCUCACCCAGUGACGCAAGUCUGCCGGUUUAUGUGUUUUGUCACUGGAGCUGAAGAGUCCACUCCUUUCUUUCAGUUCUCAGACUAGAGUUGUGAGGUGAUGUGGAGUGUGCAGAGACUGAUGAACGAGCCUCGAUAUCAACUGUGUGACAACUAUCUACACAACACACCAACCACACCGACGGAAAGAUGCAGAUGUGACGCCGCUUCUGCUGUAAUAGACUCUACCUGCAAUUUGAGGAUUGUAAUCGCACGAGGCAAUCCCAUUGUGUCGGUGCCGGAGGGUGGGGAGAAAGAGCGUUUGGAGCGUGUUCUGACCCAGGCCAAGGAGGGUGCUCUGAGCCCUGGUGCAAGGCAGCGUUUGGAGGAGCUGAGUAAUCUUGAAUUGGAGGAGAUCAAGGGCGUGAACAGAUCUAGUGUUAGCAGGACCCGACCUAACUCAAGCCCCUUGAGACGUGGGUCCAAACUGCAGGGUAAGACCCUCGAAGCCUGGGGUGAGCAAGAAUCACUCAAGCAAACUGAAGAGACUCUUACAGAAGAGGCCAACGCGUCCCUUGAUGCGACUGAUGAGUACGCAUAUCCCGAUUACAGGGGUAAAGGCUGCAUGGACGAGACAGGGUUUGUGUUCGCCAUCGGGGAGAAAUUCACCCCAGGACCCUCCACCUGCCCCUGCUUGUGCACAGAUGAAGGUCCUCUGUGCGCCCAACCAGAGUGUCCAAAACUUCAUCCGCGUUGCCUGCGUGUUGACACCAGCCAGUGCUGCCCACAGUGCAAAGAGAAGAAAAACUACUGUGAAUUUCGAGGAAAGGUCUACUCAUCUCUGGAGGAGUUUAAGGUGUCUCCGUGCGAGAAGUGCCGUUGUGAGCCCAGUGGAGAGGUUUUGUGUUCCGUGUCCGCUUGCCCACAGACAGAGUGUGUUGAUCCGGAAUAUGAGCCUGACCAGUGCUGCCCGGUGUGUAAGAGCGGCCCGAACUGCUAUGCGGACACGGCGGUGAUCCCGGCCGGCCGAGAGGUUAAGAUCGACGAAUGCACCAUCUGCUACUGCACGUACGAGGAGGGCACCUGGCGUAUCGAGCGGCAGGCCACCUGCAGCAAGAACGAGUGCCAGCCGAGCUAAGGCGGCGACGAGGGGCUCGAGACCCUCAGCCUUCACCCGGACAGCUGUGGAUCUGGAACACCCGUCCCAGCUGUGGUCUGUACGGGCUCAGCACGGCAGCCCUGAGCCUCACAUGCAGCCAAGACACCGGCACCGCGUGGCGUAACAUCAAUCACGGUCAUUUGUGACCGCUCAUGACUAUGAACUCAGAGUGUCCUGUAGCAUGCAGCAGACAGGCCAAUUAACCUGGGAACAAGGCCAAGGGCCAGAGUGCGAAAUGCUACAUUCCUCUCGCUACGACGGAGCCUCUGAGUUGGCAUAGCGUCAUGACAAGUGACAAGAUUCAUACGUUAGAGUUACAUGUAUAGUCUUAGGAGGCAUGGAGUUGAAUUCAACUAUAUUAAUAUUUCAAGUUUGUAUUGAGAUUUAUAACCCAUAUAAAGGAUAUUUAUUUAUGUAUGUGCUGGUUCAAACGAUUAUGAUUGGAUUCAAAUAUCUGAUUUACAGUGAAAUGAUAUUUUUUAUAGCCACUGUAUUUUGAUAUGCCGUAACAUUUAAUACCGGAUCGUCUUAUUAGAAUGUAUAACGCACCUACAGCUGUCAAUGUGUCUGGAGGAACGUUUUGUCAAAGACUAGAUAAUGCCGCUGUCAGGAUGCCGCUGACAUAACAUCUAACUCAACGUCAGGAUAGUCAACAGAGCAGAAUGGAUUUGAUGCCCAUUUGAAGAAAUCAAAAAUGGAAAGAAAGCUGCUUGCAGAUGUUUGCAUUUAUGUUAAGUCUCUAUUGUGCUCUUAUCUGAGAUCCAUUUUGCUAAGACGUGUUUCUAUGUGUACGUGUUUUCAUGUUCCAAAUAAAUCGUUACACUGUG